AUGGAGUACCGGCGCAUGAUCGGUUGCCUGAGGUAUUUACUCCACACAAGACCUGAUCUUUCUUAUGCUGUUGGAGUAGCUAGCCGAUUUAUGGAGAAGCCCACGGUGAUGCAUCACAAGGCAGUAAAACAAAUCCUAAGGUACCUAAAAGGUACAGUUCACUGUGGACUCAUAUAUGAGAAGAAGAAGGGAGAAGAGGAGAUCAUCGGCUACAGCGACAGUGAUUUGGCUGGUGAUGUUGAUGAUCGGAAAAGCACCGGAGGCAUGGCAUUCUAUGUUAACGAUAGUCUUGUGUCAUGGAAUUCACAGAAACAGAAGACGGUGGCAUUGUCAUCGUGUGAGGCCGAGUACAUGGCAGCAACGGCAGCGGCAAGCCAGGCAUUAUGGCUGAGAAGCUUGUUGGGGGAGCUGACAAAGCAAGAACCUAAACAGGUGAAGCUGUUCAUUGAUAACAAGUCUGCUAUUGCCCUGAUAAAGAAUCCUGUAUUUCAUGGCCGAAGCAAACAUAUCGACACGAGGUUUCAUUUCAUCCGUGGCUGUGUUGAAGGAGGACAGAUCAUGGUAAGGUUUGUUCGCACGGAGGAGCAACGAGCCGAUGCUCUCACGAAAGCGUUGUCAGGAGUGAAGCUCGCAACGAUGAAGCAUUUGCUGGGCGUCCGAGAUCUUGAGCCACGUCAGGAUUAA